AUGCAGGAGUCGCCAGGCUCUAUAGGUGUGGAUGGAGGCUAUGGCAGUAAUGUACCUGCUUUCCUCAACAAACUGUGGACACUGGUGGAGGACCCAGACACCAACCAUCUCAUCUGCUGGAGCACGACUGGCACCAGCUUCCAUGUGUUUGACCAGGGCAGGUUCGCUAAGGAGGUCCUGCCAAAAUACUUCAAGCACAACAACAUGGCCAGCUUCGUGCGCCAACUCAACAUGUAUGGCUUCAGGAAGGUGGUGAACAUUGAACAGAGUGGGCUGGUGAAGCCAGAGCGAGAUGAUACAGAGUUCCAGCACCUCUACUUCCUACAAGGCCGUGAGCAUCUGCUGGAACACAUCAAGCGCAAGGUGUCCAUAGUGAAGAGUGAGGAGACGAAGGUGCGUCAGGAGGACCUGAGCAGGCUCCUGUACGAGGUCCAGGUGCUGCGUGGCCAGCAGGACAGCAUGGAGUCCAAGAUGCAAGACAUGAAGCAGCAGAAUGAGGUGCUGUGGAAAGAGGUAGUUUCAUUGAGACUGAACCACACACAGCAGCAGAAAGUCAUGAACAAGCUGAUUCAGUUCCUAUUCAGCCAGAUGCAGCCCAGUGCCCCCGGCACUGUCGGAAUGAAAAGAAAACUGCCUCUGAUGUUAGAUGAUGGAUCCUCCACUCCUCCAGUCUCCAAAUUCAGUCACGUUCACGUCAUGGAGCACACACAGGAGCCCUUCUGCAUCCAGUCACCAUCCACAGAGACUGCAUCCUGUUCCACUACCAGCAUGGUGACCGGAGGCCCAACCAUCUCAGAUGUUACUGAAAUGUCACAUUUGUCUAUGUAUGGCCAGUCAAGGGAGAAGUGUCUCAUGCUUAUUAAGGAGGAGCCACUGAGUCCAAGUGUGCGUGGGCGGGGUGAGGGCAUACCAUUUGGCUCUUGUGAGAUGUGUGCUGAACCCCCCAUCUUACCCGUAGCUAUGGUACAGUCUGUGCUGGAGGGCAGAGGAGCAAGCCCUGAAGAGAGGCAGGCCAAGAGGACCAUGCUGGACAGACCAGAGAUGUGUGAUGCUGUGGAAAAUGUGGACAUGAGUUUGGAAGAACUACAGUUCCUCCUGCGGGGCCACCAGCAGAGUAUGGAGCCCAGAACAGCUGCUGUGAACCCAUUCACAUUUGGCUUGCCUGUGGAUGAAUGGAGCCUCACAGAGCUGGACCCCAAUCUGAAAUCAGAGUUAGCUAACUUCCUCAUCACUGCUGUUCUGUCCUAG